AUGCAAAAGCUCAAACAAAUCCUGCACAAAGACAAGCCAACCACCACAGACGAAUCACAAUCUCCUAAGGCGAGCAACAUGGUCGAUAUCACUGUUUUCAAAGGCGACGAGCAGGGCAAAAUCUUUAGCGAGACUACCAAGAAAGAGCUGGGUCCUCGCGAUGUGCUCAUCCGGGUAACACACUCUGGCGUCUGCGGCACAGACGUUCAUUACAAGCAAGCCAAAUGUGGACUCGGCCACGAAGGCACGGGCAUCGUCGAGAAAGUCGGACCCGAAGUCACGCUCUUUAAAGUCGGCGAUCGAGCAGGAUGGGGCUACAACCACAACUGCUGCGGCCACUGCGAGAUGUGCGACAAAGGACUUGACACCUUGUGCGACAAACGCGAAAUGUACGGCAUCGCUCAUCUUGACCAAGGUUCAUUCGCAUCUCAUGGUGUCUGGAGGGAGGAUUUUGUCUUCCAUAUCCCCGACGAGAUCGACAGUCCACAUGCCGCUCCUCUGAUGUGCGGUGGCGCCACCGUCUUCAACGCCCUUUACGAUGGCGGUCUCCGCGCGACUGAUAGGGUCGGUGUCAUCGGCGUUGGUGGUCUGGGUCAUCUAGCCAUCCAAUUCGCCAAGGCUAUGGGCUGCACAGUCGUCGUCUUCAGCGGGUCCGACUCCAAGAAAGAGGAAGCCAAGAAACUCGGCGCCAGCGAGUUCUAUGCCAUGAAGGGCGUCACUGCCGAAACCGUGGAGAAACUAGGCUGCAAGCCCGUCCAACACUUCGUCGUCACCACGAGCGCAAAGCCGGACUGGGGCGUCUACAUGCCGCUGCUAGCACCAUUGUGUGUUGUCUACCCACUUACGGUUGAUGAGGGCGACUUUGCUGUUCCGGCCAUGGAGAUCAUUCUCAAGCAGCUGCGCAUUCAGGGUGUUCUCGUUGCGGACCGAGGUACACACAAACGCAUGUUGGAGUUUGCUGCACGACAUGGUGUGAGGCCGAUGAUCAAUGAGUUCAAGAUGAAUGAGCAGGGGAUUGAGGAUGCGUUCGCGGCGCUGACUGGUGGUAAGAUGCGGUAUCGUGGUGUGCUGGUUGCGGAAUAA